UCCAAUGAACGUAAAGUACCAAAAUUUAAACACUGAGCAGAAGUUAUGUUAGCCUGCUAGUUCAUUAGCAAACAGUCUUUGCACUGUAUACGAAAUAAAGUGCUUCUGGUGAAUUACAUCGCCGAAUAUGACAGAUGAAUCAACAUUUCGGUUUGAUCUUCAUGUUGGAACAUCGGUACAGAGGGAAGAUGUUGCUGAAGGUGGCUCUUUGCGCAUGAAAAACGCGCAAAGUGUCGAUCAUGUGGACGAUGGCUAUAACACCAAGAACUUUAGUAUGGAGGGUGAGAGCACUGGAUGCCACAGUGACAUCCUGGACGAGGUCUUGGGUGACACGUUGAUCAGCACCGAUGGGACUCUGGAUGGCCUCCUCCUCAGCCAUGAGUCAUUGACAGGGGAGGCUGGGCUGGGCCUGCAGCUGCAUGUGGAGACCCCUGGGAAGAGGGAGGCUGAGCCAGAGAAGAGGCUGGAGGCCAAAGGACAGACUGCAGACCAGGAGCUCCAGGAAGAGUGCAAGAGGGAUCUGAAGGAGACCAUUCAGCUUUGUGAAGUUCUGAUGUCUGAGAAGGCGGCGGUGGUUGCUGAGUGCGACUUCAUCUCCAGGGAGCUCCGUGCGCUGCAGGAGGAGAAUCAGACCCUGAAGCAGGAGAAGGAGUACUUCCUGAAGGAUAUCGAGGAGAGGCGGGAGAUGGAGGAGUUCAGGGCCCUGGAGCAGGAGAGCACCAGGCAGUGUGAGAAAGAGCUGGUCGAAGAAAUCUCCUCUCUGAAGAAGGUCGCGGAUGCAUCGGGGGCACAUAUCCAGAACCUGGAGAUGGAUCUGGCAGCCAUGGUAGCAGAGCUGAAGAGGAAGGAGGACUGUAUAACAGAGCUGCAGGCCCUUCGCCAUAAGGACUCGGCCCAGGAGAUCAGACAGCUGAAGCGCUCCCUGCAGGACGCGGAGACGCUGAGCCGCGACACCCGGAAGGAGUGGGCCAUGCUGCGCUCGGAGACACAGGCUCUGCGGGAGAGUGAGUCUGCGAUGGCCGAAGCCCACGGGAAGAUGGAGGAGGAGCUGCGGAGUCUUCAUGGGCGGCUGGAGGCGGAGAGGAAGCGCUUUAAGGAGAUGGAGGCCGAUCUGCUGAAGGAGCUACAGCGGACCUUUCAGGAGAAUGACAGGCUGACGGCUGUGCAGGCUGCGACGUGUUCCAAAGACGUUGAAGUUGGCUUGAGGUCUGCGUUGGAGCUGUCCCAGGAGAGGGAGAAGGCCCUGCAGGCCAGAGUAGCCGAACUGGAGCUGUCCCAGGUUGAGCAGAUGAGCUGGAAGAACAAACUGGGUGGCCACAAUGUCCCAUCAAGGAGGAGUGAAGAGCUUGAUGAAGAAAAUGAGCAGGUCACGCAAGCGCAGCGAGUGCUGGACCAGCAGGGACCAGUUUGGAAAAAGAAGCAGGAUGAACUUCAGGGACGAACACAGCAGGUGGCUGAGGAGCUGGAGGAGGUGAGGAAGAAGAGAGAAGACCUGAGGGACGCCGUGCAGUGGUUGGAUCACAGUGGCGAGGAAGAGGAGCUGAGGAAGAGUGAUGCUGACGGGUCACUCUGGCGGCAGUUGUGUGGGCAGGAGGCAUCGCAGUGGCAGCCUCAGGAGACGAGGAUAACAGGGCUAGAGGAGGCCCUGGCCAAAGCGGAACACAGCGUCUCCAUCCACAAGGAGGCCACGCAGCUCCUGCAGACAGAGCUGCAGGACGUUUACGCCCAACUGAGCGAGCGGGACGACGCCAUACAGACCCUGCGGCACAGACUCAAGGAAUAUCAGUUUAACAGCAGGAUGGAGCUACAGAGAAAGGACACGGAAUUCAGGGACGACCCGAAGGGGGUGGUGCUGUCUGCCCGGAACCGAGAGGAUGUGGAACCUAUAGAAGAGCCUUUACAGAAAGUCAAGGGGACCUGCAGAACACCAGUGCAUUGUGACCAAUCAGUUGUGAUUGAUUCAGGAAUGUCAUGCAACAUGUUGGAUGCCAUAAGGGGCUGCACUUUCCAGAGCCCUCUAAUGGGUAAAGAGGCCAUGAGACAGUUGAAGAAUGCUCAUCCUGAGAGUAAAGUGACCAGUCAUCAGGAGGCUGUGAAGUGGAGGCGCAGAGCCACGCAACUGAAGGAGAACCGGAGAGAUACGCACCCCCAGCAGCUGCAGUCGCCCCACACUCCCACAAGGGGGCGCCGGCUGGUCACGUCUUCAGAUGGCCGGCUCUUCGAUUCUCCAAAGAGCAAGUUCUUCGACACCCAUUCCGAUGGGGUGCACCUCGGUUGCCCUCGGCAGUUCUUCGACAACUCCACCCUGGGGGCAAUUUCCGAUGUCAGUCCUUCACUGGAGCACUGGAGUGGUACAAUACAGCCUCCGUCACCCAGGCAGGACGACAACUGCAAGGCGCAGUGAGGCCUCUCUGGCCCUUCCUGCUCACUUGUGCUGCUUUUUUUUUUUUUUUUUUUUAAUAGUUACGUGUUGUUUUUUGAUAUCACGGGAAUAGUAUGCUGUGUGCAGGAGUCUGAAGUAAAUGUAGAUAUUCAUGCAGACAUUCCAUUAAAUUGAUUCCACCCACA